ACUUAUCAUACUUAAGCCUCUUGCCCAUACUCGACAUUUCCAAUUAAACCAAUUUAAAAAGUAAAUAAAAACUCCUCCGCCGAAUCGUAGGAUUCGUAGGUCUGGUGAUCUUCAUAUGAAUAGCAUGCAUUUCUAUACGAUUGUUAUUUUCCUCUGUACGUGUCUCCUCUCUGUCCAUUGCAAUAGUUGGUGGAUGUGGGGCAAAAAAGGAACUGACCAUUCUUGUCCAAGGAGAGAGGCGGCCCAUCCCUAUUAUUUUGGUAAUACCCAGGUUGGUUGCCUGCUUUCGUUCCUAAUAAGUCACAGGGGCAAGCGCAGUGCACCAUGGAGAGGACGUUGGGACCUUGUACACCGGUUCAUUUAUUACAGAGGAAAAUAUUUUGAGUUUUUUGAUGACUCCUCUGUAAAUAUUGGCUAUGGCCGUGUUGGCGCACAUCGAUGUGGAGGCGGUAUUGAAGGUUCCCCGGCCGGCUACAGCGAACUCAGUUUGGAAUGUAUCGAACGCUGUACCAACAGGUACACUGGUAGGUAUGGAGGCUACAAUCUCUUCGAGAACAACUGUAACAGCUUCGUUAACCGACUCUCAGAAGUACUUUGUAGAAGAGGUACCAAGUGUCCGUCAUGGUGUGGCUGAUUUCAAAUCAUAAAGAUUAAUAGGACCGGAGAGAUAUGAUAAUUUGGAAUUGAAUGGAGAAAUGGUACAAUAAAAAACGAUAAAAGAUC